ACCAUCCCUGCACGUUUUUAGCUAAUUUUGACACAAGCCUGUGUACCGAUGUCGGGAACUCCGACUUUAUUGCACUUCGUAAAUAAAUAUGUGUACAUGGGCGCCUGUCGCUGCAAGCAUCUUGGCGUUUAUGGAGAGCAUAAAGAUGAGCUCGCACAGCUGAGUACGCAGCUCAUCUCUUCCCUUAACCAUGACCUUUGACGAACCCCCAACCUACUCACAGGACGACAGCGAUCUGUCCGAUGAAGGAAGCCAAAGCGGCGGCGACCUCCAAAUCCUCAUCGUACCCGCUACGAAUAGCACGGGAUUCCAGAAGGGCUACCUCGGUGCUGAUCUAGAACGUGCGGCGAUUGAAGGCGAAUUGCAAGUGAAGAGUGCAGAUAGGAUUCAAUGGGGUAAAGUGACAAUAUCUUUGCGGACCGUAGAAAGGGCCAAUGGAUAUGAGAUUGAACUCAAUCGCUCUGAGCUCGUCCUUGUAUCUUCACCUCCGGAUAGAAGCGACGCUCAAACACCACAAUCGACAUUCCCAUUCUCCAUCCCACUUCCACCAGAUACGCCGCAAUGUAUUCACACACCGCAUUCCGCAGUGUCGCAUACGUUGACUGCUAGGCUAGUCCCCGCGCAACCAGGUGCACAAGCAUACACCAAGGAAUUGGUCAUCCAUACCAGGCGGUACACCUCGCACUCGUAUGCCCUAGGUAUAGCUCCGGAAACCAAAGCGAUCGACGAUCCAACUCGCGUAGAGGUUCAAGUUCCGCGAACAAGCUUCAAAGCGGGAGAGCCGAUACCGCUUUACUUGACUAUUCCUUCACCACGCAGGGAACUCGUCCUAGAUGAGGGAUUAAGAUUGCGCAACGUUCGUGCUGAACUGAUCCGACUUGUCAAGGUCAAAAAAGCCGAUACGGAGAAUGGUCCCUCAUCCAGUAGGCAAUCUGGUGUAUUCGGGUCCAUUGUUGGGGAAUCGUCACAGGCAUCUUCAUCCGUUCAGAAACAACACAGUCUUUCUUCCUCGCAUGCGUUGGAUAUGCGAUCACUUGUUGGAGUACCAGGUGGUGGUGAGGUUGUUGCGCUCUCAGGCACAUCCUGUCGUCUGCACCCUACGCGACCGCUACAUUUACGACUCGUAUUACACCAACCCCGUGAUGACGAUCCCCUCUCGAACCAGUCCCCGAAUCUGCAUCUUAGCGACGCGUCUCACCAAGAGGUAGUGACAGAGUGCACCUCGAUCACUCAAACAACUCUCCUUCACUCUGUUUCCUUCCUUGUAUGCAUACAUGUGACGUUCAUGCACAUGGGUACCCAUACAGAAAGGGUCUCCACCAUCUCCAUCCCAGUAAACAUCCUCCCGCCGAGCGCACCACUUCCAGAAGUCGAGGAAUCACUGGAUACGGCUUAUCGGAAGAAACAUGACCGCCCACCUACACGAACUGCCAGACAUGAAGACGCUGAGGUACCUCAUUACGAAGAAGGUGUGGCGGGUCCCAGUUUCCACGCCCAGGGCGCACCCCCGCCUUUCGAAGAGCGGGAGGCUCCUCCACCGUUCUUUUCCCAAGCACCCGAGGCAUCCACUUCACGUCCGCCGACAUUCCUGGAGUCUGAGACGGAGAUCUACGUGCCUUCUCAGGAGGACCAGUCUAUAGCCCCUUUGCCUUUGGCUCAGGAUGUUGUUUUCGAAGGAGAAGGCGUUCUAUUUGGUUUCUCACAUUCAGAACAAUUCGAUGGGUAUAACCAACUUGAAGAACAGGAUAGGCCGAUGACGCCUCCACCUACAUUGGAAGAAGCAACCAGGGAUCCGGACGUGACCGAAUUGGCGACUCUCACGGAGACGGAUGCUAUCAACGCUCUUGAACUUGCCCUUGAGCAGCAUCCUGAUGCGCCAGAUGCUGGACUUCCACCUCCACCCCCGAUAGAUGAUAGUGACCCGCCUCCGUCUAUUGAUUCAGAGUUCACGUCGCCGAGCCGCCAUCAUACUGCCUCCCCACCCCAUUCUCAGGCACCCCCUGCCUUUGCAGAACCGUCUGAUUCCGGACACCAUCCGCCACCUUCGCCACUCCCUACCAACGCAGAGAGUCCUUCACCGGCUCAUGGUCAUGCUCCGCCUCCGUAUCGUGUUCCAGAUAAUUCCGAGCCAGAAGAUCAAGAGAAUGUCGCGCGUCCUCCGCCAUAUGUUGACUGAGGCCCUUUCAAGAAAUGUACACCAUUGAAUGCCGUUUUGCGCAAAUUUUAUACUUACCUCCUGUAGCAUACGGACACAUAGGAUUUUCACUUUUGUAUAUACAGCACAACAAAACCCACUUCAUCAUAACAAAGGCACAGCAUCAAGAGUACGUCCAUCCACAUCCUCGUGUAAGUCGUUCAGACAAAUAUUAGCGCAUGUACAUGUAACAAUGCAAAGGAGAAGAAGAAAUCAUAUGUAUAGAUGAGAGGAUAAAGGAAACAAGGGGGAAUCUCGUACAAGGGA